UGAGCUGUGAUACCACAGGGAGAGGUCAUCAUUCCAUUACAGUGGUGGUUACUUAAAGGUGUAAAUCAGUAGCUUACUAACCGCUCACACUUACAAUUAGUAGUCAACGCGAAGAGCUCAGCUCAGCUCACUCCUAAAGCAAGGUAAUGGCCUGAGGGGGCGCUACAGUGGUAACAGUAAUACUGAUUGUUUCGUGGCGGUUUUUGUUUUGUGUGUGUUUUCUCUGUAGUGUCUGUUGUGUGUAGCUCCGCCUCCCGUCCCUUGGUUUCAACUAGGUCCUGUAGAGGAGCAUAACAGGCGCGUUCAGCGGAGCAGUGUCUUAUUCGUUCUGGAAGCUUCGGGUCGAAGAGGAAGCAGCGGCCAUGUCUGGAAGAGGGAAGGGAGGUAAAGGUCUCGGUAAAGGAGGCGCUAAGCGUCACCGCAAAGUGCUCCGCGACAACAUCCAGGGCAUCACCAAGCCGGCUAUCCGCCGUCUGGCUCGCCGUGGCGGCGUCAAGCGUAUUUCGGGUCUGAUCUACGAGGAGACCCGCGGCGUGCUCAAGGUGUUCCUAGAGAACGUGAUCAGGGACGCCGUCACCUACACCGAGCACGCCAAGAGGAAGACCGUCACCGCCAUGGAUGUGGUUUACGCUCUGAAGCGUCAGGGCCGAACCCUCUUCACAGCUAGGCAUCUGGCAUCUGAUUGUGACGUUAUGGCAAGAACCAAGCAGACCGCCCGUAAGUCCACUGGUGGUAAAGCACCGAGGAAGCAGCUGGCUACCAAGGCUGCUCGUAAGAGCGCUCCGGCCACCGGCGGCGUCAAGAAGCCUCACCGUUACAGGCCCGGUACCGUGGCUCUCAGGGAGAUCCGUCGCUACCAGAAAUCCACAGAGCUGCUCAUCCGCAAGCUGCCCUUCCAGCGCCUGGUGCGGGAGAUCGCUCAGGAUUUCAAGACCGAUCUCCGCUUCCAGAGCUCCGCCGUCAUGGCCCUGCAGGAGGCUAGCGAGGCGUACUUGGUGGGUCUGUUCGAGGACACUAAUCUGUGCGAAGUAGCGACCGUGUCUGGAAGAGGAAAGGGCGGUAAAGGUCUCGGUAAAGGAGGUGCUAAGCGUCACCGCAAAGUGCUUCGCGAUAACAUCCAGGGCAUCACGAAGCCGGCUAUCCGCCGUCUGGCUCGCCGUGGCGGCGUCAAGCGUAUUUUGGGUUUGAUCUACGAGGAGACCCGCGGUGUGCUCAAGGUGUUUCUGGAGAACGUGAUCAGGGACGCCGUCACCUACACCGAGCACGCUAAGAGAAAGACUGUCACCGCCAUGGAUGUGGUUUACGCUCUGAAGCGUCAGGGCCGAACCCUGUACGGCUUCGGAGGUUAAACGAUCGACUCGAACAACGCUAAAUGCUAAACCCAACGGCUCUUUUAAGAGCCCCCCACACGCCCACCAGAAGAGUUGCUCCUUAUGAUUCAUUUAGUGUUGAUGGAAACGUCCGCUUGUCUGUUUUUCCUUUAUGAAGAACGUGAUGGUGACCUUAAUCUACUACUGGAGAGAGCAGCAGUAGAGAGUGAUGGAGAGUGUUUUAUAUUUAGAUUGUGCCGCUUCUGAAUCCUGAAAUCGUUUAGUCAGUAAAGUCGUUCUUGUUCAUCGUCAAAGCAUCGCAAGUUCGCCUUUUGCAGCAGAAACGGUCAAACGCCAGCGCUGUUCUCCAGCAGAACCAGAUCAAGAGCCCUUAGAAGAAGCUUCUAUGCGUUACAUGGAUCUGUUUAACUCUGAAACACGGAAUGAGUAUUGGAGAAAUAGUUUUUAAAUAAAGUUCAGUUUUCUAAGUAAGAGGUGUUUUUUUUUGUUGUUUGUUUUUUUAAAUCAAGACCAUCCAACAGCAGUUUGAGAACUAAAAUACACAA